AUGUCUACAACUCACUCCAGCCAACGCCUGCUUCUCUAUCCCGAACCCAUCCGCGCUCCAGAUGUUCCACUUAAACAAACGAGAGAGACCAAUCCGAGACUCCGUGGCUGGUUUCUUGUGAUCGCUGCCUUUCUCAUGGAGUGGGUUGGUUUCAUUCGCAGAAGCGCCUGGAAAAACGCUGGAUUCGGGAGUUUAGGCCUCAUCUGGGAGCACCUCGCCUUGACUGAACCACGGUACGACCCCACAGUCUUAUUUAUUGAACACGGUUCGGACGCUGCGAAUUUGAACCUUGACGCCGAGGAAAACUUAUAUCUCAACGAGAAAGGGGACGAGCAACUUGGCGCUUCAUCGACAUACCAAAACUCAAUUGCACUCUACCGGUUUUUGUACCUUUCGGGCGAACUGACCCCAGUGGAUGUGGUCCGGGCCAUCCUACCCCUUAUCCGGCGUGACAAGUCACCACCCAGCGAGCAUUCUUUGGCAUGGCUCGAGGUGCAUGCCGAUUUGGUGCUUGAGGCGGCCAUGGCCUCUACGCUCAGAUACAAAGAGAAGCGGUCGCUGGGCCUGCUAGACGGAAUUCCGACCGCAGUGAAGGACGAAUAUGACAUGGAAGGUUACAAAACGACAUUAGGUUCCCGCAACGAUUACGCGAAUCUCCAUGUACCCCAGGUGAGCAGCGAGGAUGACGCGAAGAAGGAUUCUUGGUGCGUGAGAAAGAUGCAGGAGGCGGGCGCAAUAGUUUUGGGCAAACUUUCACUGCACGAGUUUGGCAUGGGUGAUGAAGACACAGCUGGCUACAACAUCACGUACGGGACUCCACGGAACCCUUACAACACGUCCUACUAUACCGGAGGAAGCUCAUCCGGCUCCGCCUAUGCCGUCGCCGCCGGGCUUGUCCCUGUUUCGCUGGGCAGCGACGGCGGCGGUAGCAUCCGUAUCCCUGCGGGUUUCUGUUCUGUAUACGGUCUCAAGCCUACCCAUGGCCGGCUUUCUUUCUUUCCGACCCAGAACCACAGCAACACGGCCGCCGUCAACGGCCCAAUGGCUGCCGACAUGCGAUCUCUCAUUGCUCUGUACGACAUUGUCAGCAGACCGCACCCCCGAUCGAGCUUUCCUCAACCAUUGGGCCCGACGUACGAUAAUGACGGAAUGCGGCCCAAGCUCCUCGGUAUCUCCGAGGCCUGGUUUGAGUGCGCCACACCUGUUGUCCGGAAGAUUUGUUGGAACCUCAUUGACCGCCUAGUCGAUCAAAAGGGCUACACAGUCGUGCCAAUUGAGAUUCCCUUUGUACAGGAAGGCCAAACAGCGCACGCCAUCACUCUUCUGACAGACGCCGCCACCCUUCUGCACGACACCAAUGGCCUGUCCCCGGCGAAUCGUAUCCUGCUAGCGCUCGGCCGCACGACACCAGCCUCUGAUUACCAGCUCGCGCAGAAGCUGCGGCAUGUCCUCAUGCAGCACCUGGCAUGGUUGUGGCAGCAACACCCGGGCAUGAUCAUUGUGACGCCGACGACCGCAUCCGCUGGCUGGCCAAUUCGUGAUGAGUCGGAACUCAUGUACGGCAUAUGUGACGGCGACCAGACCAUAAAGUCGAUGGUGUACGUCUGGCUGGCCAACUUCUGUGGGGUGCCUAGCAUAAGCGUGCCGGCGGGUUUUGCGCCGCCUGAGGAUGAGGUCGACGGGGACAAGCCCGCGGGCGCCGACACACCCGGCAAGGUGCCUGUCGGCCUUAUGGGCACGGGUGAGUGGUGCUCUGAAGAUGCACUUUUUAGGUUUGGCUUGGAUGCCGAGGAAGUUUGUUUGGGUAGGCAGAGCCGUCCGCCCAACUGGGUUGAUGUCGUGUCCAUUGCGAAGGGGCUGAAGAAAACUGAAAGCGCCAGUGAGGAGACGGGCUGUCAGACUUCAGGCUGUGCAGUUAUGAGUGAUUGGGAUCGUGAUGAACGGUCGAAUGCUGCACAUCAGACGCUUUAA